UUCCAUACUGGAUGAUGUGAAUGUAUUGUGGGGAAUAUUAAUAAUUAAGGACAAGGAUACUCCUCGAACCAUCCCUGAGAAAAGAAACAGUUGUCAACCGUCUUCCUCUCACCACAACAACAAGAGAGACCAGUGUCUGUUUCGCACUUUUGACUCGGAGACUAUCUUUGCCACCGCAAUUUCCCGGCAAUUCCUUUAUUUGACUUCACUAUCCAUUCCGAUUCCCUACCUCAUUUUUUUUAAUAUUUUAUUUCCUUUGCUUUUCACUUUUCACUCAUUCCUCUUCUCGCUAUAUUCAUCAAUAAUCACUACAAGAGAGAUGCAUCGCCGGUAACCUAAACAACCUCCACGGCGACCGAAGCAAUGAUCACGCAACCACCAGACGCUGCCCCCGCCGUCGCACCCAACUCCGGCGAAGGAGGAGAGAAGAAAAGCAUAAACGCUGAGCUCUGGCAAGCUUGUGCGGGGCCGCUUCUCAACCUGCCUUCGCCUGGAACUCACGUCGUUUACUUCCCUCAAGGCCACAGCGAACAGGUCGCAGCGUCUUUGAAGAAAGACGUGGAUGCUCAGGUCCCGAACUAUACCAAUCUCCCCUCCAAGAUACCCUGUCUUCUUCACAAUGUCACACUUCAUGCAGAUCCAGACACGGAUGAAGUAUAUGCUCAGAUGGCACUUCGGCCGGUUCCUUCUUUUGAUACGGAUGCGUUGUUAAGAUCGGAUAUUUCUCUCAAGUUGAGUAAGCCACAACCUGAGUUUUUCUGUAAACAACUGACGGCAAGUGACACGAGUACUCAUGGAGGUUUCUCUGUACCCCGCCGUGCUGCAGAAAAGAUUUUCCCCCCUCUUGAUUACUCUUUGCAAUCUCCUGUUCAAGAACUCGUGGCCCGGGAUUUGCAUGAUAAUGUUUGGAGAUUCCGCCAUAUAUAUCGUGGAAAACCAAAACGUCACUUGCUUACAACUGGAUGGAGUCUAUUUAUCAGUGGAAAAAGGCUUUUAGCGGGAGACUCUGUUUUGUUUGUAAGAGAUGAAAAGCAGCAGCUUCUUUUGGGUAUAAGACGAGCUAACAGGCAACCCUCCAAUUUAUCAUCUUCGGUACUAUCAAGUGAUAGUAUGCACAUUGGAGUUCUGGCUGCUGCUGCUCAAGCUGUUGCAAACAAUAGUCCCUUCACCGUGUUCUAUAAUCCUAGGGCUAGUCCUUCAGAAUUCGUUAUUCCUUUAGCCAAGUACUACAAAGCAGUGUAUAGCCACCAUAUAUCACCUGGUAUGCACUUCCGAAUGACGUUUGAAACUGAAGACUCAGGAACAAGAAGAUAUAUGGGUACAAUCAUAGGUGUCAGUGAUCUGGAUUCUGUGAGAUGGAAAAAUUCACUAUGGCGUAAUUUGCAGGUUGGUUGGGAUGAAUCAACUGCUGAGGAUAGGCGUAGUAGGGUCUCAGUCUGGGAAAUUGAACCCGUGACUACUCCAUAUUUCAUCUGCCCACCUCCUUUCUUCAGAUCCAAGAGACCUAGACUACUGGGAAUGCCAGAUGAUGAGCCGGAUUUCAACAACCUUUUCAAGAGUACAGUUCCUUGGCUUGGUGAUGAUAUGUGCAUAAAGGAUCCCCAAGCUCUCCCUGGCUUGAGCUUAGUUCAAUGGAUGAACAUGCAGCAAAAUCCUGCUCUUGCUAGCUCAUUGCAGCCAAAUUGUGUGCCUUCCAUGUCUGGAUUGGUUCUGCAAAAUCUUCCUGGUGCAGAUAUUGCAAAUCAGCUGGGGUUUUCUACCUCACAAACCUCUCAAUCAAACAAUGUAUCUGUCAAUGCUCAGAAUAUACUUCAGACUUCCCAGCAACUUGAUCACAUUCAGAAGCUACCAUGCCCAUCCAGUGCAUUGGGAGCAGUUACACAGCUGCCGCAGCAGUUGGCUGAUAUCACUCAACAACCAAGGAACUUGACAAAUCAAACUUUACCACAGAAUGAAGCUCACACCCAACUUCUGAAUUCCCAGAGAGUUGUCCAAACUAACAAUAUUCUUCAACAGCAACAAUCGUCCAUUCAAAACCAUCAACUGCUUAGAAGCCUGUCUCAGAACCCACCUCAGAAGGAUCAACAAACUACAUUCGGUCAGAAUGAACGGCAAAAUGUGUUUCAAUCCCCUAUGCCUGAUCAUUUUAAUCAACAGUUACAGAUGUCUGACAAUCAGGUUCGGUUUCAGUUGUUACAGAAGCUUCAGCAGCAACAACAGACACUCUUGGCACAGCAGUCUGCAUUGCAGCAGCCUGCUCUAAUUCAAGUUCAAGACCAGCAAAGGCAGCUUUUAGAUGUAACAAAUAACUCUAGUUCCUUAAUUUCUGGUCAAGUACUGGAAAAUCCUCCUACACUUCAAAACUCACUCCCUGAGGCUAAUUCUGUCACCCAUCAGAUAACAAUGCCUAGUAGCCAGAAAAAUUUUCAUUACUCUCAUCUAUCUCAGCAACCUGCCUUGCUGUCUGAAAUGUCUGGCCAUGCUGGACUUCUCCCUACAGUUACAACCAAUCCACUUUCUGCUUCUGGUGGAAGUAUACUGACUGGUGCAGGGCAAUCAGUAAUUACUGAUGAUGUUCCAUCUUGUUCCACUUCACCUUCCACAAAUAACCGUGCCAGUGCACUUCCCCCAGUGGUAAGUUCCCAGAUCCAUAGGAGCACAACAAUAGGGGAUGAUAUGGCUCAGUCUGCUGUCACAAUCUCGGGUCCAAGUACCCUAGAAACCUUGUCAUCUAAUGCAAACAUGGUAAAAGAUGUACGGCCGAAGUAUGAAGUAAAGCCUUCUUCAAAUAUUUCAAAAAAUCAGAAUCAUGGAAAUGUUGCCCGUCAGAUGUACUUGAAUGGCGUUGUCCAGACAGACUAUUUGGAUUCAUCAUCUUCUACAACAUCACUUUACCAUUUUCAGAGUGAUACUCAUAUGCAUCAGAAUAACAACCCAUUUUCUUACAAUCCACAGUUGAUUUAUUGUAGAGACAAUAGUCAAAAUGUUGAAGUUCAGGCUGAUGCUAGGAGCAAUGUUCCGUUUGUCAAUGACAUUAAUGGCCAAAUGGGAAUGCCAUCGAAUCUAGAUUCUCUUUUAACCAAUGGCACUGUGGGGCUGGGGAAGGAUUUGUCAAAUAAUUUCUCUUCCGGAGGCUUGCUUGGAGACUUAGAAAAUAACAAAGGUGUUCAGCCAGAACUUUCAUCUUCAAUGGUUUCACAGACAUUUGAAGUUCCUGAUAUGAGUUUCAAUUCAAUUGAUUCUACAAUAGAUGGUAGUAGCUUCUUGAAUAGGGGUCCAUGGGAUCUGCCGCCACCACCUCCACCUCCUCCUCCUCCUCCUCCUCCACCACCACCACAACAACAACAGCAGAUUCAGCGGAUUAGAACAUACACCAAGGUAUAUAAACGUGGAGCUGUGGGAAGGUCCAUUGACAUAACACGAUAUUCAGGUUACGAGGAGCUUAAACAGGAUCUAGCUCUUAAGUUUGGUAUUGAGGGACAGCUGGAGGAUCGAGAAAGAAUUGGUUGGAAACUUGUAUAUGUAGAUCAUGAGAAUGAUGUUUUGCUUGUGGGAGAUGACCCUUGGGAGGAAUUUGUUAACUGUGUCCGCUGCAUUAAAAUACUUUCUCCUCAAGAAGUUCAACAAAUGAGCUUGGAUGGAGAUUUUGGCAAUGGUGGCCUUCAAUAUCCAGCAGGCAGCAGCUCUGGUGGUGGGAAUGCUUAAAUGGCAUCCAGGAAUCUGCUAAUUAUUCUUCCAUGUUAGUAACUUACAUCGAUUUUAGGAGAUAUUCAUCAGUGUUGUCCAAAAGGUUGUGGGGGCCUUUUGGCAGAUGAUUUUGUCCUGCUGCAGCAGGCUGGGUAAUAUUUGCAGUUAUAACUUAUAAGGAGAAAUUUGUCUCUGCUAUGUACAGGCGAAUUUGAAGAACCAAAAGAAGAAAAGGUGGAGAAAUUUGCUGCCCUCAAUCUACGACUUACAUUUAAGGUUGUUAACCUGGUAAUGAAUCAAAUACUUGGACCACACGCACAUGGCACAUCCCAACAAAGAUGUGUUAACCCAUAUGCAUGUGAUGAUGUUGAAAAGUUGAGCAGAAGUUCUAUUGGCAGCGUUUGAAAUAUGUAUUAAAUGCAGCGUAUUGUAGAAAGAAAGGCUGAAAUAUGACGGCACAGUUCAGUGUAUAAAAGUAGGUUUCUUGUGCGGUCUUAAAAGAGGAGUUAUUGACAUCUGAAUUGAAAGGUGGCUUUUUGGUUGGUCCUUUUGUAAAACACUAAGCAGCUAUAUAUAUAUAUAAUUUUUUUUGGAAGGCAAAUAUAAUAUUA